GCAUUAAAACAUGCGCGGUGAUGGUGCCACUGCUGGGUGUCACGUGGUUAUUUGGUCUUUUGUUACCCUUACAUAAAGCUUUCGCCUACAUUUUCACCAUCUUAAACUCCACUCAGGGUUUCCUGAUUUUCGUCCUUCACUGUGUGCGAAACAGCCAGAUUAGAGAGCGAUUGAAGAGGAGGAUGAACACCAUUUUUCCACAUGCAGACGAUGGAAACUUUACAAAAAAGGGCUCACAUGUUAAUGUAGGUGGUGCCGGAAAUGUGUGGACAGUUGAAUUGCAGUCUUUUAAUAACUGAAGAAUAGCACUUAACUUGAGUAUAGCAACUCAACCAACGUUUAGCUGUAGCCAAUCACAUAGUGUGAUCGUCAAGGCGAAGGUAUAUCUUCAAUUGGGCUUGUUCAGGAUCGAAAUGUCAGCAAAGUCAGGGCUUCUGUGUCCACUAGUAAGUCAGUAUAACAAUGUUUUGAACAAGUCGUGGUGUAGUGCUAGUAUUUGUUGAAAAAAGUUUGCAUAAAGGAGGGCAGUGAAUGGUACCCGAGCAAAUUAUAAGUCUCGCGAAGUAUUAUCCGAUCACGAAAUCACGGCUCAAAGUCUAGCAUUUUUUCAAUAGGCCAUAUUCUCUUCUAAAAGAUAGUUAGAAUUACUUGAAGCCAACACUGUGGGCGACGAAAAAACCGCCCAGGGGCCCAUGUGUGAAUAGUGUUGAUGCGACUUCAAUGAUUAAAAUUAAUACCCCAUCCACACCAGCAAAACAUGUUUUAGCUACACCAGGUUUAACUGAACAAAAAUACGAAUCUGAGAACUGCAAAUUUGAAUUUUAUAAAGGAUUUAAGCAGUCAAUAACUUGUAUUUUCAAUGUGCUAAAUUUGAAGCCGACGAACAUCGUUUUAAGCAGCUUAAACUGUUUUUAACGAAAUAUCAUUAAAACAUGCUCAAGCGUUGGGUGAAUGGGGUAUAAGAUAAUAACAAGGAGUUUGUAUUUUAGUAGCUUUUAAGUUUUUUAG